ACAGAGCAUGCUAGAGGAGGAGGUAGAGGUGGGAAUUUAGAGGUAGGUAGACAGAGAGAUGCAGUGCCAAAGUGAAUGCGUCUGCGAGGCUGUCUGUCGAGCAGUUCGUCAUCCUCUCAUCAGGGACCAUGAUGUGUUAUGGAGCUAUGAUAUACAGAUUCACUGCAGGAGCAGGGAAUGCAGAUAGAAGUUCACCUUGAGCUGGAGUCCAACAGUGCCACUCUGGACCUUUGGGAUUACAACAAAUGCUGAUUGAUCCUACAAGCAAGAACAACAGAGAUUUGAUUGGAUCCGACAACCUGCCAAACCUGAAGUGGCUCCAGAAUUUCUAACUUUUUUGACUUAUUUGAAAACAUCUGACGGACAGGCUCUAAACUACCAAUCCAGGGCCAGAAUUCAAACAAGCUAUUGAUUUGGCAGAAACUUGGCCCGCUGUCUUGAAAGCUGACAGCAUACAGAUCCAAGACUGUGGCAUCCACAGCUCACACUGGAGCCCCGCAAAGCCACGACCAAGCAGGUCCUGCAGCCCAGGAACCCUGGAGCCAGCCUGACCUUGGACCGGCUGUCACCUGAACCCCUCCUGGAUCCAGCAGAAACGUCAAGCAUGUCUCAGACAGGAGGACGGUUCCACAACAAAAAGGCUGGCAUUCGGGCCGCCGUGAUCCUGAUUGGACUCCUGCACAAGUCUCGCAAAGCCAAGGAGAGGGAAAGGGAGAAAGAGGAGAGCGAAGGGAAACAGGAGCUGCUGAACAUCUCCAACGUCCCUCUGGGAGAAUGUCCCCCCUCACCGCCCCGCACUGCGCCGCCCAGCAUGAAGUCUGCAGAGUUCUUCGAUAUGCUGGAGAGGAUGCAGGAUGACUAUAUCCCCUACCCACGGAUAGAAGAUGUCCUGGAGAAGGGUGGUCCAUACCCCCAGGUAAUCCUGCCACAGUUUGGGGGUUACUGGAUUGAGGACGUGGAGGCACCGGCAGGGACCCCCUCCUCCUCGGAUUCUAGUUUCUGUGAGGAGGAGGACAGAGAAGAGGGCAUGAGCCCUGGUGGGGGGCACAGUUACCGUCUGGAGUGUAACAGUACAGCCCGCGCCUACCGCAAACACUUCUUAGGCAAGGAACACAUGAACUACUACUGCACUGGCAGCAGCAUAGGCAACCUCAUCAUGUCUCUGAAACACGAGGAGGCUGAGGGACAGGAUUUCUUACGCAUCAUGCUAAGAUCGAGGACCAAAACAGUCCAUGACAGGAUCUCUUUGGCAGGCAUCAACCAGCUGCCCAGUGUACCUCAGAUUGCCAAGCUUCUGUGUGACGAUGCCACAGGGCUGAAGUUCAACCCAGUCCUCUACCCUCGGGGAUCCCAGUUGAUAGUGGCUUAUGACGAGCAUGAGGUGAACAACACCUUCAAAUUUGGAGUCAUCUACCAGAAGUUCAGGCAGACAUCAGAGGAACAGUUAUUUGGGAACAAUGAGGAGACGCCAGCUUUCAAGGAGUUUCUCAGUAUCCUGGGCAACAACAUUGAACUUCAGGACUUUAAAGGGUUCCGCGGUGGGCUGGAUGUGUCCCACGGACAGACAGGGUCUGAAUCUGUCUACACCGUCUUCAGACAGAGAGAGAUUAUGUUCCAUGUGUCAACCAAGCUUCCCUUCACUGAGGGAGACGUCCAGCAGCUCCAGAGGAAAAGGCACAUAGGAAAUGACAUUGUGGCCACAGUCUUCCAGGAAGAGCCCACACCGUUUGUUCCAGACAUGAUCGCGUCCAACUUCCUGCAUGCUUAUGUGCUGGUGCAGGCUGAGAACCCGUGUACAGAGCACACAACAUACAAGGUGUCUGUUACAGCGAGGGAGGAUGUACCUCCUUUUGGACCCCCUCUCCCGAACCCAGCGGUCUUCAAGAAGGGUCCGGAGUUUCGAGACUUCCUGCUGACAAAGCUGAUCAAUGCUGAAAACGCCUGCUACAAGUCCGACAAAUUUGCCAAACUAGAGGGGCGAACGCGAGCGGCCCUGCUGGACAACCUCCAUGAUGAGCUGCACAGACAGAGCCAGGCCACGCUGGGUCUGGGCCAAGCUGGAGAGGAGGACAAGCUGGAGAACGGGGGACACGGGGGUCUGCUAGAGUCCUUCAAGAGAGCCAUGCGUGUUAGGAGCCACUCCAUGGAGACAAUGGUGGGGUCGCACCGUCACAGGAGCCCCGGGGUAGGAGGUGGGGUCCCGGCCAGCCUGAGUGGAGGGGGGCUGCCGCAGAGCACCAGCGAAUGCACAAAGAGCACCUUCACUCCUCCAGUGUUGUCAGCCAAGUCUCCGCUGAAGAGCCCUGUAAAACGGCGCUCAGGCCUCUUCCCUCGUCUCCACUCCAGCUCAGAAAGCCCCUCGGACAAACACACACGCAGCGACCAAAAGCCUGCAGACGUCUGCCUGCUGUCCCAAGAAGUGAGGUCAGAGACGUCAUCCAAUCCCAGCUCACCUGAGAUCUGCCCCAACAAAGAGAGGCCAUUUAUCAAGCUGAAGGAGUGCAGCAGCGGAAGGCCGAACAUAUCUCGUUCUUCAUCCAGCACCAGCAGCUUCAGCAGCACCACGGGAGAAACAGAAGCUCUGGAGGAACUGGAACCAGUUAGUUACCCCUGUAUAGCUUCCUCCUCUGCUUUUAGCCCUUCCCUCAGUGUCGACAGCCAGGGAUCAGGUACCCCUGUCAUCAUGUGCCGCAGUCCGACAGAUGGAAAAAAUAAGACGUCACCGAGGUCAAACUUGAAGUUCCGCUUUGACAAAAUCAGCCACUCAUCCACAACUUCCGAGUAGCUUUGUGGAAUGGAAAAAAGCGACUUGCACAACAAAGGGACAGCACAAGCUGAUGGAGCUGCAAGAAAGAAAAAAAAGAAAAAAGAAAAAAAACCCGCCACAACAACCAUAAUAUAAUCACUUUAAAACCACUUACCUAAAGCCAAGGAUAAUCUGACAAGAUUACCAACUGCAACAGAGUCCCCACGCACUAUAAACUAACUGAUAAUACUGUGAGUGUGUAGGGAGGAGAAACAGCUGACACGCUGGAUUUCUUUUUAACCAACCUUUAGCUACAGAAAUUAGUCAAUGUUACAAGUUGCUGCAUCUCAGUUGUUAAUUGUUGACAUCAUAUGAAAGUCCUGGCAUGGCUGUUAUACUGUGAGCGUAGGCCGAGCUAGACUCAGCCUCAGCUUUUUCUCAAGCCUCUUUUGUAUAAUAAGAGAGAUAGAGUGCUCCAAAGGAGUGGUAACAUGAGACUCUGGCCGGACUGUUACUCUUUCCCCUUGAAUGGUACGUCUUGCAAUAGUUCCUCUUCUGUCUAGAAAAAGGGCACAGUCACACACACAAACACACACAGGCACAGGAACUUGUUCUGUAGACUUACAGUAGCAAAGCCUUGGAGGUGGCUACACUGGGAGUCUCAGUUUUCCACUGUAGGAUCUGAACUUGUUCUUUGCAUAUAAAAAUGCCUUUCUAGGGAACAUCUUUCAUUCAAAAAAAAAAAAAAAGCCUUGGUAACCUAGCUAGCAUACCUAUGACAGCAUUUCUGUAUCUGUAAGGGUUCAUUCAAAUCUCUUAACUCAAGUGCUUGGUUAGUGGAAAUUAGCUCUCACGGGGCACAGUAGGAGACACCGCCAAUGCAUUUUGCCAUAAGCUUAUUUUAGCCAAAGCUGCGCCUUACAAUCUAUCAAAAGCCCUUUUCACCACCGAUGCUCCCUCUCUCUCUCUCUCUUUCUCUGUCUCUCACUGUGUGAGAGGAUGAGAAUCCUCUGGAUCUGGUUGCAGCACAGUUUUGGGUAGCCAGUCAACACCCACAUUUGCUGAAAAUAGAUGUUGCACUUACUGAAAACAUUUCACCUUCUGAUACCUCCCAUUGAAGCUUGCUAGCUCGGUGUAUCUGUGUUUAUGUUUGGUGGAACUUAAGAGCAGGAAAGUCUCCAAGGUUUUUAAGUCUCCCAGCACGUGAGCUGAUUAAGAUGACUUGAAAAAAGAUGCUUCAGGUUAAAAUUAACCUUUGAACCACCUUUGGCAAAAACACUUUGAAUGUGAACUUUUUUUUUGUACUUUUGAUUUUAUGCUUUAUUAGCUGUUAUUACAAAGUCUCUUAGAAGUAAAUUGCAAAGCCAGUUGCUUACAAGCACAACAGGACAAUAGGUCCAGUCUAGUCCUCAACUAUACUAUAGCAUUAGCCUCGAGCACAAACUGGAGUUAGCAGGGCAAAGUGGGAGUUUGUUAAUCAAGAAAAGGUUAAAAGACACACAGAUGUGUUUCCUAUGUGACCAAACUGGUAGGUCUUUGGAAGAAUUUCUAUGUCCUUUUACUGUGUAGAGAACCAUUCCUGUUGCCGAGAUGAUGGCUAAAUAGUUUGUGAAGUUCUGUCACAUCAAAACACACAAGGUUUAAAGGCCCCAGUCACCCAAAUUAUGAAAAAACUUUUUUAAUUUAGGUGACCUUAAACUGUCCAGGAAGUUGCUUUCAAGGAAGUUCCUUGAGAAGUACCUUUCUAAUAUAUCUGGACUAGAAGUAGAUGUAAUGACUUAGAAACACUGUUCUCCAUUAGCAUAGACCAGUUAUUACCUCGAGUAAGGGAAGCAGGAACAGAAAUCCUCCGGACAGAGGUAGGAAGUUCAGAUGUCAUUUAGUUUGUAGCAGGUAUUGCCUAAACGCCCUGCAGCCUUUUCUCUGUUAAUACGCUUAAUUUAUUAAAAUGAUAACUUCUUUUGCAUUGAUGUCAUGUAAAAAUGUAAGUGCAGAGUACGCUAAUUAAUAAGGUAAAAUGAUUAAAGGAAAUAUAUUAAUUUAAAAGAUGUCUAAACAUGUAUAUGUAUAUUUGGUUAUGUAACGUGCC